AGCGAGCUACGUGUCACGCUGUGGGGGUUCACAGGUCAGGGGUUGCUAAGGCGAAGGGAAGAUGGCGGAAGGCGGAGCGAACAUCUGCCGCCGCUGAGUCAGAUGAAACAGGCAGGCAGAGCGCCCAUGCUGCACAUUUGAUCGCUGUCAAGUCAGACUUCACCCCGAAGCAACAGAGACGCUAAUGGCGCUGCUGUACGGCCUGUUGUGGCGGUUCUUGCUGGUGCUGGUCCACGUCAACAGAGCCCUCGUCUCCUGGCUCCGGGUCCGGCUUCGGGGCUGGAAGGGCCGACUCUGGGAGCGGGCUAUGACCGCGCUGCUGCUGCCGGUGGCCCUGGCUGGGUUCCCCGACCACCAGAAGAAGUUGAAUCGCAACCCCGGUGCUAACGCUAACCCGGUAACUGGAAACUACGCUGCCAGUCGCCGGUCACGGUGUCUGUCCGAUGGCAGGUCCUUAGAGAAGCUGCCGGUCCACAUCGGCCUGCUGGUAGCCGAAGAGGAGCCCAGCUACACGGACAUAGCUAGCCUGGUGGUGUGGUGUAUGGCUGUCGGUAUUUCUUAUGUCAGCGUCUAUGACAAUCACG